AUCGUUCGCUAGACCGAAAAGAAUAGGGUCUCGAGCGCUUCAAUAAAACCCUUAAAAGGAAGCCAAAACCCCUACACUAUCAGUCAUCCACCAUGGCUUCGCAGUCACGAAGAGGCGGAAUCUCACUCCCCGAGAGGCGAGGACGAGGCUCGUCAAAGCAGGAACCAAACAUCCUCGCUAAAAUCAACAACUCUCAAAUCGUAUCUAAAGGAAAGGAAGCAGCAUGCGACGCCGUUUUCGUCGCCAAAAAGCUCCUUAAAAGCACAGGCAAGGCCGCCUGGAUUGCUGGCACCACUUUCUUAAUCCUCGCUGUUCCUUUGAUUAUCGAGAUGGACCGUGAGCAGCAGCUCAACGAACUCGAGCUCCAGCAGCAAAGCCUUCUCGGAGCCCCGCCCGUCGGCCCUCCUCUACCCAAGUAGAGAUUGUUACAUUAUCUUGUGCUUGAUUUUUUUGUGCGAUCUGGAGUUUGAGCUGUUAUAAUAAUUGAUGUAAGGCAAUUUUCUCUCUUUCUCCUUGGAAAAGAAAUUGAAUGUCUUGAUUUUGCAAUUACAGUGAUAAUUAAAGUGGAUUUUGGUGAUCA